AUGUUACCACCUGCUUCGCGUCGUCUUGCAGUACUUCUGCUCUUGGCAUUCUCUAUCAUUCUAGUGCGUUCAUCUAUUCAACCGCGCGAUUCGUUUGUAUGGUUUUUAGAAAUUCUUCCUGCAGUGAUCGGUGUUUUUACGAUGAUUUUUGUUUCGCCGAAGCUUCAAUUUACAAAUCUUGUACAGUUGCUUGUAUUUAUUCAUUGUGUUAUUCUCUUGAUUGGCGCCCACUACACUUAUGCUGAAGUUCCAUUUUUCAAUCGUCUUCGAGAUAUAUUUCAUAUGCAACGCAAUAACUACGAUAAGAUUGGCCACUUUGCGCAAGGCUUCAUACCAGUACUGAUCGUACGUGAAGUUUUGAUACGAAGAAAAAUCAUUCAAGCUGGCCCGUGGCUAUUAGCAUUCAUUUGUGUCUCGAUUACAUUAAGUUUUUCGGCCGAAUAUGAAUUAAUUGAAUGGGCAGUAGCAGAAGCAACUGGAGAAGCAGCAGACGCUUUCCUUGGUACUCAAGGUUAUAUAUGGGAUACUCAGAGUGAUAUGUUUUGUUGUUUAAUCGGUUCCAUGGUUUCCUUGCUCUUGUUCACAUCAUUACAUGACAAAUACAUUAAACGCAUAGCAGAAAAAGAACAACAACAAAAUUCGAACAAAACUAAGACCAAUUGA